UUUGGCCGAUUGGUCUAUGAGCCCAUCGUUCAGGACUUCGUUCGGACCAAUCGGAGAUGAGAAAGGCGGAACUUGGGAGUCGCCGGCUGCUGCGGGGUCAUUCACUCGGUCCCGGGAAAGGCGCCGCCUGAUCUCCUCUGCACGACCCGUCCAUUCCUGUGGUAAGAUGACCCUGGGACUCUACCUGGAUGAGGGAACUCCGAUUGGGCUUGGAGCAAAGGAAUUUUACCAGAAAUACGAUCCCAAGGAUGUUAUUGGCAGGGGUGUGAGCAGCGUGGUCCGGCGCUGCAUACACAAACAGACAGGCCAGGAGUAUGCCGUGAAGAUUAUAGAGCUAACCUCUAGAGAUGCAGACCUCAACCAGCAGUUGGAUGAGGUGCGAGUGUCUACGGGCAAAGAGAUUGAGAUCCUGCGGCAAGUCUCCGGUCACCCCUAUAUCAUUACUCUUAUAGAUUCGUAUGAGUCAUCCACCUUCAUGUUCCUGGUAUUUGACUUGAUGAGACGUGGAGAGCUUUUUGACUACCUUACAGAGAAGGUAACCCUUAGCGAGAAAGAAACCAGGUGCAUCAUGCGAGCCCUUUUGGAGGCCGUGAGCUACCUUCACGCCCACAACAUCAUCCACCGCGACCUCAAGCCCGGUGAACAUCUCAUGGGACUCGACCAGCUCAACAUCAAGCUGUCCGAUUUCGGCUUCUCCUGCCAUUUGGAGCCAGGAGAGAAGCUGAGAGAGCUCUGUGGAACUCCUGGCUACUUGGCCCCAGAGAUCCUUAAAUGCUCCAUGGAUGAGACUCAUCCUGGCUAUGGAAAAGAAGUGGACCUCUGGGCCUGCGGCGUCAUCUUCUUCACCCUCCUGGCUGGCUCCCCCCCUUUCUGGCACCGCAAGCAGAUGCUGAUGCUUCGGAUGAUCAUGGAGGGCCAGUACCAGUUCGGUUCUCCGGAGUGGGACGACCGGUCCGGCUAACUGCCAAGCGACUUGACCCCACGGUUGCUGCAAGUGGGACCCGUGCAGUGCCUGGACCAGCUGAGCAGGCCCCUCCAGCACCUCGCUUUUUUCCAGGCCAAGGGCUGCCGCGAGCUCCACCACUUCAGUCCCUACCACAAAUUCAGAGUGAUAGCAUGGACCGUUCGGGCCUCCCUCCGCAUCUUCUCCAACUACCGACGGGUGCGGCCGGUCACCAAGGAGCUGUUGCUGUCCGGGAUCCGUAUCGGCUGAAGGGGGGUGCGCGAACUGAUCGACGCCAUGCCUUCCGCCAGAUUCCACGGACACUGGGUCAAAAGGGCGCAGUAGCAGAACCGGUCAGCUCUUGAAAACGCCCCUAAGGCCAUCAUCCAGCUGGUCUUGCUUCAGCACGUGGAAGGGAGUCAGCCUCAUGCUAUGGACGCAUCCUCCCAACUAGGGGUCGGAUUGCCGCUCCGGCACAACUGAGAUCAGAGGGUCUCUGACGUCCUCGGAGGGGAAAGGAGAGAGGGGAACGGCUCUCCCUCUCCUGCUAGACUGGCAAGUUGCGGAGGCCUCUUGGAAGAGGAACAUUUGCCCUUGCAUGCAAAGGGGUCCAAAAAGGCGGGGGGAACCCCACUUUCAGGGUCAUGGGAUUCUGACCCGUGUGGCUGGCAGGAGCGACGGACUUCAGAUCCGCAUGGAGCCAAGAACACAGAGCAUCAAUACGGUUCGUGAUGUUAGGAUUAUGGAGAAUUGGAGCGGACCAUGGUGUGUGUGCGUGUGUGUGUGUGUGUGUGUGUGU